UGAAAAGCUUUUUUUUUUUUUGUGUUUUAUUUUAUUUGUGAUUUUGAUUUGUGUUGAAGAAAUAUAAACCAAAAAUGACUGAUGAUAUAAAAAAGUAUUUUAAUAGUCUUUUACAAAAAGUCAAUGGAUUGUACCUUAUUCUAAUAACAGAUCGCGACGGAGUACCUUUGCUCAAAGUAAGUGAAGAAAGGAAUGUCGACUUUGCCUUGAUGCCAUCCUUUAUACCAACAUUCACAACAGCUAGCGAUCAAGCUGGAAAACUAGGACUUGGUCGAAAUAAGACAAUAAUUUCAAUGUAUUCUAAUUUUCAGGUUGUCCAGAUGAAUAAAUUGCCAUUAAUUUUAACAUUUGUUGGGGCAGAAAAUUGCAAUACUGGCCAUAUUCUGUCACUUGAAAAACAAAUUGAUACCCAUUUGGAUGAUAUAAAGCUGGCCGUAACCGAACCUUAGGAUGUUGUAAGUUAAAACAAACAAUUUAAGUCUUCUUUUGUAAAUAAGUCAAAGAUAUAAAAUAAUAAACUGUUGAUGUAGAAUCUGAUUAAA